UCUGAAACCUCGUCCAACAAGCCUCUGCCCCUCCAUCUUGCCCUGCCCAAAGACAAAGUCCCACGACCACACUCAGCCCGCCUAGUGCGCUCAACUGCACCCCCACCCCUGCGCUUCAUCGGCCGCAAAGCCCCUUACCUACCGUCUCGGUGAAAGCGCUCUCUUUCAUCCGCAUUGACCACCGAAAUGUCACACGACUUUGACUACCACGCCGACGCUGACUCCUCGUCAGAUAGACCUCGCCAAGAAGCGGCGGUGGAUGCGACCGGGUUCGAGAAAAGUAGGCUUCUGUUGAUGGGUUUGAGGAGGAGCGGAAAGUCCAGCAUUGAACGGGUAGUUUUCCACAAAAUGUCCCCAAACGAAACGCUGUUUGUGGAAAGCACAACGAAGAUACGCAAGGAGAAUGUCGUAUCAUUCAUCGACCUGGAGAUCUGGGACUUCCCCGGCCAUCUCGACCCCCUGGAUCCAUCUUUUGACGCCGAAGAAGUCUUUGGAGGCUGCGGGGCCCUGGUCUUUGUCAUUGACGCACAGGACGAUUACCUAGAAGCAUUACAACGGUUAUACGUCACCGUCACCCGCGCACAUAAAGUCAACCCAGAUGUAUCCUUUGAGGUGCUUAUACACAAGGUCGAUGGGUUGUCGGAUGAUCACAAAAUAGGUGCGCGUGGCUCUCAGGAUAUCCUCAUCGCCGGCACGGCAGCUCAUGCAGUUUUCCUAGAAACACAGCGAGACAUCCACCAACGCAUAACAGACGAGCUCGCAGACGCCCAACUCGACAACAUCCACCUCAGCUUCUACCUCACCUCCAUCUACGACCACUCCAUCUACGAAGCCGUCUCUAAAGUCAUCCAAAAGCUCAUCCCGCAGUUGCCGACGCUCGAGAAUCUGCUGAAUAUCCUUUGUUCGAACUCGGGAAUAGAAAAAGCCUUCCUAUUCGACGUCCUCUCCAAAAUCUACAUCGCGACCGACUCCUCACCCGUCGACAUGCAGUCCUACGAGCUCUGCAGCGAUAUGAUCGAUGUCAUAUUGGACGUCUCCAGUAUAUACGGACCACCGGGAAAGGACCCGGCGAUCGCAACACCAAUGACCACUAGUACGACGAACGGCACCCCACUACCGCCGACGUCCGAAGGCGACGCCCACGCGACCAUCAAACUAAACAACGGGAUGGUGUUAUACCUCCGUGAAGUCAACAGAUACCUAUCUUUAGUAACCCUCCUCCGCGAGGACAACUUCGAAAAGCAAGGGCUCAUCGACUAUAAUUUCCGCUGUUUCCAAGAGGCGAUUCGGGAUGUGUUUGAGUUGAAGAGGAGGAAGGCGGGGCAGCAGCGCCCAAAGUCGGGGGUUAGUAGGAGGGGAAGUGGGGUCGCGGCUGGGUCAGGGGCUGGGGGGCAUAUGAGGGCGGGGUCGGCGGGGACGGGGAAGGCGAGGAGGGAGGGGUUUGGGUAUGGGAUUGGCGGAAUUCCAGGGGAGCUUUUUCUGUAUAGCCGCAUCUACGCUGUCAUCGGUUGGGGGCGCCCUAUUCACAAUUCAAUGGGGAACCACGAAAAAGAACUAAAUGCGUCCAUUUGA